ACUUCGGCGAGGGGUUGAGCGCAGAAAGAAAAAUGAGAGAGAAAGAGGGAGAAGUCAGAAUGCGAAUAAGUGGCGUUGCUGUUUUUUGUGUUUGUUUGCUAUCUCAUGCAUGCAUAAUGAGGGAUAAUUAGAGCAUGCUGUGACUGUAUUUCUUGUAUUUAAGGCUCUUAAUAACCGGUAAACCGAGAGGAGAAGCCUUUAGUUUGCUCUGUUGUAAGUGAAGCAACAAGAAGGAGAUUGCUGGUAUGGUAUUGCACCCGGCCAAAAAUCACUGGAACUGCAGCACAAGGAAUACUUGCCGGACUGCGAGGGAAGUGUCUGUGGGGAAUACGUUUUUACUACACCAACUGUCAAGUCGCGAAGAACUUCGAAUACAGGAUUCUAACUAUGUUUUUGUUUAAUUAACAAUUGUCUAUGAAGAAUAGAAGAAAUGACCACGCUUCAAAACAGAACCCUGCGGUACACCACUGAUCGAAAUCUUUUUAAAGUGCCUAAAAGUAGGUUACUUCACGCAUGUUACUAACGCAGAUGAAGUAAAGCACUUCGCUUUUAUAAAAUCGCAGACUAAUGGUGAGAGUGUAGUGCAAUCAAACUUUUGUUCUUCUGCAACUCCUUGAAAUUGAACAAAGACUGGAUUGCUUCCCUGUGAAACAUUUAAUGGAAAUAUAAGGUACUUAUGCCCACAUUUGACUCAAGUUUUGCUUUAUUUCUGCAGCCACCACCAUGUCAAAUUUUACCGGCUUAAAGCAGUGCUUCAGUAGCUUGAUUUGGCCUUUUGGGUGUUUAUUUGUGUUUUUUGGCUCAUUUUCGAUAUCUUCCCCUACACACGGUCGACGGAUGAUAUGCUGGCAAGCAAUCAUGCAAUGUCAGGGAGAACCAGAAUGCAACUAUGCAUAUGGACAGUACAUGCAUGCCUGUGCACCCGUAAUAAGCGGAGAGAAACACCGUUGCCCUAGUCACUGCAUCUCCUCUCUCAUUCAGCUAAACCAGACAAAAAAUGGACCAUCUUUGGAAGAUUGUGACUGUGCUGCGGAUCAGCUUUGCAGAAACACCAAACGUGCCAUAGAGCCCUGCUUGCCAAGGACUAGCGGAGUAAUGGGCUGCACAGAAGCCCGUCGCCAGUGCGAUAGGGAUCCUCAAUGUAGUGUUGCUAUGCGCAAUUAUUUGAUUCAUUGUGGAAAACUUUUCAGUGGGAUACGAUGCACAGAAUCGUGCCGGGAUGUGAUCGGAGAUAUGCUUGAUAUGCCUAAAGCAGCACUUUUGGACAAAUGUGUCUGUGAUGGAAUUGAGAGGCCCAUUUGCGAGUCAGUAAAGAACAAUAUGCAAACUCUUUGUUUUGGGUCCGAGAGUUAUGGUAGCGGCUGGACAGACGGGUCGGACGAAGAUGAUGAAGACGAUGAAGAUGAAGAAAGAGUCCUUCAGCCAGUGGAAAGCGCUAGUAGCCUUUCAAGAGCCCGAGAUGUCUGGACUGUGGUGGCAUCCAUUUUACUUCUGUUCUCUCUUCUCUAGCCCCGGGUUUAUCUUGUUCCAGGACUAUUGUUAGAUAAACGCAUUUUGAAAACUUUUGUCUCUCAACCAUGCGGUUUACAGUUGAAUGUGUUUUGACUCCAAAGACUUUGUAUUCGGCUUUGCAUGACAGUGUCAACUUUUUAAACGUCUACGAAUUUCUGUUCUGAAGGUUGUCGUGUUAGUACGCUGUGAUUUAUUUCUAUGCAACUUUUUUUACAAAGUGGAUACAUUGAUCACAGUUAACUAUCUCUGGUCAGCAGUAAUGCCUUUUAAAUCUCAGUAUUUAUUUUUUGCAUUAAUGGUCUGAACUUAAAGUAACUGUGGCUACCAAAUACCUAAAGUUAAAAAAUACUACUGCCUUAAGCUCUUUUUUAGUUAGCUAAACGCUAUAUUCUGUGACUAUACAACGACUGCCUUUACUUUUUCUUGAAUAUGUGAAAAUAAUUUUUAUAUUUGUCACUUCAGGUGAACACACAGAAAAGCUUAAAAAGUGUUUCUUUCUCUGAGAAUGAACAAUGCAAGUUUAAAAUAAAAAGCUGUGCACUGCCAAUUCACAAAAAUGAACUAGUGUUUUAAAACAUGUAAACUAUUUUUAUAAUGUUGCCUUCAGUGGUAUCAGGGUAUUUACCUCUGGUAUAACAUCUCCAUUAUGUGUAUUUAAUACUGGAAUUAAUCACCAGUAGACUUGUACAUAAAAUGUUAUAAAAUGUAUGCCUCUGAAAAUAAUUUAUUUACAAAUGUGUUCACAUCAGUUCCAUAAAUUAGUUUCAAUAUUUGAUGUUAAGUCAACUCAAUGUUUAUAUUAAAGGGAAAUUAGUUAUUUUGUUGUCUGGUUAAGUUUAAACCUUCACUGUAUGGAGUAUUGUAUAGAUUUUUCAGAGAUAAUCUUUUUGCUAUCUUAUGUUAAGAGGAUUUAUUUACUGUUUAGAAAUGUCUAAAUUCACUGUAUGACUGCCUUAACGUUGUAUUUUUUUAUAGAAGGCAUAAAAAGAGACUUAUAGUUAAAGAGCUCCCCAGACUAUGUUGUCUUGUUACUAUGUACAUGUAUCAAUGUAAGAAACUAUUUUUACUCUUAGGCAUAUAUUGAACUCAACAAGUGUUAAAAACAACACAAUCUGGUUUUCAAAAAAUUAACAAGGCACAAGUCUGUGGUAAAAUGAAUUACUGUAUCAGUUUAAUUUCUAACUGUAUUUUUUAACACAACAUAGUGUUAAGCAAAGCACAUCAUUGUUUAAUUGGUUGAUUUUACCACAACUUUGUGUUCUUCCCGUUUAAACACGAGAUAAUUCUAUGUUUCAGCGCAGCGUUUGAGUGUAGAUAACGUUUUAAAAGUUGUCAUUGAAGUAAAAGUAAGACACUCGAUUUUAAAUCUCAUGUCAACUACCUAAAAUGCUUACCUUGCACCUUACAGAUAAGUGUGUGUUCAUGUGUAUAUGAGAUUCGUCAAUUCAUUUAGAAAUGUAAUGUGUCGAGUUAUUAUGGUGCUAGUGCGGAUAAAGGGUAAAUGUUUGAUGUGGAUAAUGGUUUGGUCGGUAUUUCGUGGCAGUGACAUCAAGUUGCUUUUGAAACUUUGUCCUCUUUCCAUUCUAAGAGCUGCUAGUCAACGCUUUCAAAGACCUUUAGAUAAAUAAUUACGCUCUUAAGAAGCUUGGAGUGCCGAUACACUUGACCUUGUAAAUAGAAAUGUUUGCAGUAGGAAUAAACUCCGGCAUUUGGAAAUCUUUUAAACAUGAGCACAAAAGAGAGAUUAUUUCUCAGGGGACUUACGCUCUAAACGCGCCAAGCAAGGCACUUGCGAGUUUAUUUAUCUUUUAUUCAAAGUGAUUAUUUAAAAACUUUUUUUAAACCAUUGCGGUCAAGAAAGUGAGAGCUGAAGUAUUACCGCAACUAACCUUGGUUUGAGACUAGAAAACGCGUGAGGGUGAUGAGCUUUUUCGCUGCUAAUCAUUUUACUGAGGAAUAAAUACACAAAUGUUUCUAUUUA